AUGAGUGAUUUAGAAAAAUAUGCAGAAUCGAGUAGUAACUCGUACAGGGGAGUUAACUCAAGUUCUGAUCCUACCAAGGAGAAGGACGUCCAAUAUGUGACGGAGUCGGACAAUAACGAGUUCUUUGAGCUGGAACAAUUCGAGGUGAAGCGUCAAUUGAAGGCUAGACACAUUUCUAUGAUUGCAUUGGGUGGUACGAUAGGUACAGGGCUUUUUAUCAGUACAGGAGGUAUUUUGAGUGAUGCUGGGCCGGUGAAUUCGUUGAUUUCGUUUUUGUUCAUGACCAGUUUGGCAUUCUCGGUGACUCAAUCGUUGGGAGAAAUGGCUACGUACAUUCCACUUUCGGGGUCGUUUAACCAGUUUGCGACUAGAUGGUGUUCGCCUGCGUUGGGGGCUGCCAAUGGGUAUUCGUACUGGUUCUCAUGGGCCAUUACUUUUGCAUUAGAAAUAUCUGUUACGGGGCAAAUUAUCCAGUACUGGACUGAUGCUGUUCCUAUAGCGGCGUGGAUUACAAUUUUCUUGGUCAUUAUUACCUUGACAAACUUAUUCCCAGUUAAAUACUAUGGGGAAAUUGAAUUCUGGGUGGCAUCGUUGAAGAUCAUUGCUGUUGUUGGUUGGUUAAUUUAUGCCUUGGUCAUGGUAUGUGGUGGUGGUCUGAGAGGUCCUGUUGGUUUCAGAUACUGGCGUAACCCCGGUCCUUGGGGUCCUGGUAUUUUGGUUGAAAAUGUGAAUACCGGUAGAUUCUUGGGUUGGUUAUCUUCUUUAAUCAGUGCUGCAUUCACUUUCCAAGGUUGUGAAUUAGUUGGUUUAUCAUGUGGUGAAUCCAAAAACCCAAGAAAGACUGUGCCCGCUGCGAUUAGAAAAGUGUUGUACAGAAUUCUUAUUUUCUAUGUUCUCGCAAUCUUUUUCAUUGGGUUGUUAGUGCCAUAUGAUUAUGACGCCGCUAAUGAUUCAUAUGUCGGUUCGUCACCAUUUCUCGUUGCAAUGGAACUCUCAGGUACCAAAAUUUUGCCUGAUAUUUUUAAUGCUGUUAUUUUAAUUACUAUUAUAUCCGCAGCUAAUUCAAAUGUCUAUUGUGGUUCCCGUGUUUUAUAUUCUAUGGCACAAGCUAAAGUUGGGCCAAAGUUUCUUGGUUUAACUACUAAACAUGGUGUUCCUUACGUGGCUGUAGGUAUUACUGCAGCCUUUGGUUGUCUUGCAUACUUGGUUUUAAGUUCUGGGGGCCAAACUGUCUUUGAUUGGUUAUUGAAUAUUACAGCCGUGGCUGGAUUGAUUGCAUGGGGUUGGAUCUCUUUCACUCACAUAAGAUUUAUGAAUAUCUUAAAAGCAAGAAAUAUUUCAAGAGACUCUUUGCCAUUUAAGGCAAUAUUCAUGCCAUAUAGUGCUUAUUAUGCCACUACUACAAUUUUUAUCUUGGUGUUCAUCCAAGGAUUCCAAGCUUUCUUUGAUAUUGAUGCUGCGAAGUUUUUCACGGCGUACAUUUCUAACAUCUUCUUCCUCGCCUUAUGGAUUGGAUUCCACUUUUACUUCAACGGUAAAAAUUCGUUUUCAUUAAAGACUUUAUUAGUGCCUAUUGAAGAAUGUGAUAUUGAUACGGGUGUCAGAGAAAUUGAUGAUUUGAUUUGGGAAGACGACGAGCCAAAGAACUUGUGGGAGAAGUUCUGGAAUAUUGUUUCAUGA